GGCCAACAGCCAUCGAUCAAGGACAGCGACGACCGGUCAUCUCGCAGAGACAGCGAGGAGGAGGUAACCUCCAGAGCUAGCUCAGAUGAGGUUGAAAGAGGGACAUGGGGCCACAAGGCGGAGUUCAUCUUGUCCUGUAUAGGACUAUCCGUCGGCUUAGGCAACGUCUGGAGAUUUCCUUACUUGGCUUUCAAAAAUGGCGGAGCCGCUUUCGUCAUUGCCUAUUUGAUUCUACAAAUCCUAAUUGGCAAGCCUAUGUAUUUUAUGGAGCUAGUUAUGGGUCAGUUUUCUGGAAAAGGACCUACCAGAGUCUGGGAUAUGAAUCCGUCAGCUAAAGGUAUCGGUGUGUCCAUGUGUAUCAUCUCCCUCAUCGUGGCCAUCUACUACAACGUCAUCAUGGCAUACACCUUGUUCUACUUCUUCUCCUCCAUGCAGGGGACGCUACCCUGGACUGAGUGCACCCAGGAGUGGAUUGACAAUUACAGCUGUGCCAAGCGAGUGGCAGACCCACCCUUGUGUACCAACAACAACACCUAUAAUGAGAUGCUGGAGGCGUGCAAAUGUACUGGCAACUACAGCGUUGACAGUCAGCUGACAGUUAACUGUACCCAGGUACUAACCAAUGCUACCACUGCAGCAGAAAACUUCUUUCUGCGAGAAGUCAUCCAGAAAUCAGAAGGCAUCGAACCCGAGAACAUGGGCAACCCACUGUGGAAGCUUACACUUUGUCUCCUGGCAUCAUGGCUGGUUGUCAUCUUCUGCCUCUUCAAGGGCAUUAAGGGUUCCGGAAAGGUUGUGUAUUUCACUGCUACGUUUCCAUAUGUCAUCCUCCUCAUUCUGCUUAUCCGGGUCAAAUUUUUCAUUGUCCCUGAAUGGGAGAAACUCCAGGAUAUAUCUGUGUGGGUGGAUGCCGCUGGCCAGAUGUUUUUCUCUCUCAGUGUGUCAUUUGGUGGUAUCAUCAUGUUUGGUAGCUACAACAAGUUCAGGAACCAAGUCUACUACGACUCACUUCUAGUCAGUAGUAUGGACUUGGUUACCAGUCUCAUUGCAGGAUUUGUUGUCUUCACCACUUUCGGGGGCAUGGCAAAGAUCAUCAACAAGAAAGUCAGUGAAGUUGCUAAAGCAGGUUAUGGUUUGGCUUUUGUGGUCUACCCCGAGGCCCUGUCCAAUCUCCCAGUUCCACAGCUGUGGUCAGUCCUCUUCUUCUUCAUGUUGUUUACCCUGGGUCUGGAUUCUGAG